AAUGCUAAUAAGAAAUUUAAGAAGAUCAUUUUUUUCAAAGCUUGAAUUCAUGACAUAAUUGAAGGCAGAUGUGAAAAAAUUUGAGAGCAGUUUAUACUUUGAAAAAAUAUUGCCAAGAGUGUUUAAUUAGAAUGAUCCAUAAUUUUCCAAAAAUGAUGAUGUUGAAACAUUAACAAGAAGCAUCAGCAAUCCUAUAUAUGAUUUAUUAGAUAGAGGUGGAAAGAGAUGGAGACCAGCACUUUGCUUUAUGAUUGCUGAUUUAUUUAAUAGAAAUCAUAAAGAAUUAUAUGAAGUAGCAGCAUUGGUUGAAUUAAUACAUAAUGCUACAUUAGUUGUUGAUGAUAUUGAGGAUGAUAGUGUUGUAAGAAGAAAUGAUAAAUGUAUUCAUAUUAAAUAUGGUGUGGAUGUUGCAGUAAAUGCAGGUAAUUACGUUUAUUUUGCUCCGUUGCAUUAUUUCUUAAAUUCUGCAAAUUACUCUGAUCAAAAAAAAAUGAAAAUAUUAGCUAUAUGUCUAAAUAAUAUGAGAGUUGUUCAUUUUGGUUAAGCUUGGGAUAUUUAUUGGCAUAAAUAGAAUAGUGAUAUCAUACCAACAGAAGAACAGUAUUUGAAAAUGGCCUAAUAUAAAACAGGAGCCCUUUCUUGUAUGGCAGCAUAAUUAUCUUGUAUUGUAUUAGACAAAAAUGAGAAAGUUGGAGAAGCUCUAGCCAAAUUUGCUGCUUAAAUUGGUAUUGCUUUUCAAAUUUAAGAUGUAUCUAUUAGUAUUUUGUUAGGAUAUAUUAAAUUUGAAUGGAGGUGAAAAAUAUAAAAAGACAAAGGGCUAUUUAGGAGAAGAUAUCCAUGAAGGAAAAUUCUCUCUUAUUGUAAUACAUAGUUUGAAACAAAAAAAAGGGAGAUUAUUUGAUAUCCUAAAAUCUCGUACUGAAGAUUAAGAAUUAAUAAAUGAAGUAACAUAAAUAUUAAAAUUAUAGGCUAUUUCAAUUAUUAAAUAAACAGGCAGUUUAGAAUAUGCUCAUAAAAGAUCUCUUGAGAUUAUUGAAGAAGCUUGGAAAGAAGUAGAGAAUUUAGAAUUUGAUUGUCCAGAGGCAAAAGCCAGAUUAAAAGAUUUUGCUAAAUAUUUAAUAGAAAGAGAUUCUUGA